GGUAGCUAGCUAAUUGAUGCAUGUUACGUGUGCAACUCUAACGACUGUAGCUUAGCCAGUAGUUGCCACUUGUACUCGCACAUCCAGAGUUCCAUACCGAUGCAAAUGGCAGCCACCGACCAGAGUAAGACGGCGACCAGGAGGUUCGGAUGGCUGUACGUGGCGCGGUGGGCGGUGGCGUCCGUGGUGACCGUGCUGGCCGUGGCAGUGAUCGUUCGGGCCGUGGUGGUGAUGCUCCGCCCUGAGAAGCUGCAGCUCAAGCUCUCCGGCGGCCGCGUGGCAGUCGACUGGAUCCCGUCGAUGCCGCCGCCGGGCAACGAGGUGGCGCUCAACUUCGUCCUAGUGGCCAACAACCCCAGCGGGCGCGCCUCCGUCGAGUACACCAACGUCACCGUCCGGCUGACGGACGUCACGAGCGCGUCGUCACCGUCGCCGACGAAGAUCGCCGAGUUCGACCUGCCGGAGUCCAUCCCGGUGCUGCAGCGGACGGCGCACGAGGCGAUGGUGAGGGUGGGGAUGACGCCGGGCGAGGACGUGCCGAUGCGGUACGUGCGGGCGCUCUUCGAGGGGCGCAGCGUCGACGGCGUGGAGAUGAUGCUGCGCGGGGUGUUCCACAGCCACGUGGCCAUGGCCAGCGGGGACUACGUCACCACCAGCGACCUCGCCACGUACUACUGCUGGCCGGUGACCAUCGCCGUCGGUGGCCCGUCGUCGUCGUCGUCCUCGUCGCCAGACUACACCAGCGUCGUCGUCACCGACGCGCCGUGCCUGGACAAGUCGGAGGCCCCGGCCAUCGUGUGAACUGAGGCCAGCUCCGCUCCAACGGUAGCCAGCUAGGUGAUGCCAUGCAUUGCCUCCCGCAUGGAUCAACCAAGAUAUGCCUACCGAUCCGUCUAGCUAUCUGCAAUCCACUGAGUGUUUACUACAUUAGUGUAUGUAGUAAAAUCGAUUGAUAACGCAUGGAUGAUGGCGAUCGAUCGUCGAUCGAUGGUUGCUGCUUGUAUGCCUGUCAGCGUGGGUUUAA